AUGUACGCAAGUUUGGAGCGAGAGACAAACGUCCAUCGAGCUGCCAAAGCAAGCGUCAAAAUCAAACCCAGGAUCAGCGACUUUCUUAUUUUUCUUCGCAGGAAGCAGGAACACAAAAUAGAGCAAACCACGCUACGACCUCUGGGGCUCCCGCUGCUGUAUAAGGAAGCUGUGCUCAUUGAAACAGUUUUGUUCCAUAUUUUGACGUGUUUUCACUCGAGCGAGGCCGACCUCGCAUGGAUUGAUACCCAGGCUGAUCGAUUGGCUUUCUUGCAUCGUCAUAUCUCUGAGCGGAAAAAGGGGGCCGUCUCCGGCACGCAUUUCACCACGGAAGAUGCGCAUACGCUAGCCCAGAAGCUCGGGUUCUCGAUCCUGGAACAGCAGCACUCAGUGCUCGUUCAGGCGUUGAACUUGAUGUCCAUAACAUGUCCCAGUAUUUUGAAAAUUGAUACCUUGGUUCCAUGGAUACGCUCGCUCUGUGCGGCCAGAAUCACCGAGGCCUGCGCUGAGUUGACUAACUUGACCGAGAUUCCAACAUGCGUUUCUUCAGACAUUCUUCUCCGAACCCCACUUAGCAUUGACGAGGUUGCACUUCAGCUCGACCUCUGGCAGACAUUCAUAGUGCCAAUCGCCCAGGAAUACCACGAGAGAAGGACACAUGUAACCAGCAUCAUUGAGAACCUUGUCUUUUAUACUGCCCAAUACGAGCCACGCAAACUUGAGACUUUUUUACAGGGUACGCUAUCCCUGUUGACGUCAACGAGGUCCGGCUUCACGUACAAGGUCAUGACCAACGACUUUGUCAACUCACUUAUUUAUUUUUUGGCACUCACAUUCAUCAAAAACAGCGCGGUGAGCCUGGCCUCACCCAUGCCCAGCAUCAAAGCCCAAAAGAUUCUUGUGGAAUACUUGGGCAACGAAAAGCUUUCCCAAAAGGGCUACGUGGGGAUCACGCUCCUCAUCUCACACGAAUCCGAGGACAAAGCCACCCGCUUGUUGGACCUCACCAGAACACGCUUUCCUGAGGAAUCGGAAUUCGUCCACUAUGCGAAAAUCUAUCUUUCCAACACGCCCGAGGAGCUCUUGCACACAUUCAACGUUGCCAUUCUCCAGCAUCCGCUCUCGGCGACCAUGUGGCUCAUGCUCAUCAAAAAGCUCCAGCAGCUCCACUUCCUCACUGAGAAGCGCAGCCAGCAGAUGCUCCUGGAGUUGCUUGCACGCAAACAAAACAUUAUCAUAUCCAAGGACGUGGUGUUGGUGUUGCUCAGCCUGAUCGAAAGCAUUAGCGGGAUUGAGGACUUCAUCCAGGCGCUCCAGAAACUGGACCUCUUCGUCAAGUUCCAGGGCAUCGUGCUCAACAAGUACAUGUCACUCCUCUAUCGGUACAACAAUGAGAAAAGCGUACACAAGCCAUACUUGGACAAAUUCAUCCACCACACCUCCAACGUCGAGUGCGCACGGUACCUCUACCAGCGCAAUGCGUGGAAAACAACCGGUAUCAUUGGCGUCAUGUUACACGGCGAGGCCAGCCACCGCCCCGGUGACCUCUACCAGCUCUACUGCGACGAGCUCCAGGGCAGUGUCCCAGACGAGGCGUGCUUGAGCGCCCUUCUCCGUGCAAGCAUGAAGCGGGUCAAUGGCAGACCGCUCUUGUGGGGCCUGCUCUACGCGCCGCAGGUGGCUGUGCACGAGUUCAAGCAGUAUGUGCUCAGCGAACCCGUGGCCAAAGACUCGAACGUGUGGGGCAUUGUCGCCUCCAACAGGUUGUGGCAGGUCUACAUCCACGCACUCCGAUCAGCGGAAUACACCGCGGAGUUGGCGGACAUCAUGCGUUGGUGGGAGGAAAUCGAAUUUGUUCCCUCGCGCAGCACCUUGACCCUUCUUCUCCGAGCAUUGCCCCCCGAGUUUGCUGACCGACACAUCAAACAUGCGCACUCGCUUCCACGCACCAGUGUUUCGUGGCCGUGGCCUUCUAUUGAGGAGGUCAGGGGUCACUGA